AUGGCUCCCUUAGCCGAAGUGGGGGGCUUCCUGGGCGGCCUGGAGGGUUUGGGUCAGCAGGUGGGCUCGCACUUCCUGUUGCCUCCGGCCGGGGAGCGGCCGCCGCUGCUGGGCGAGCGGCGGGGCGCGGCGGAGCGGGGCGCCCGCGGCGGGCCGGGGUCUGCGGAGCUGGCGCACCUGCACGGCAUCCUGCGCCGCCGGCAGCUCUACUGCCGCACCGGCUUCCACCUGCAGAUCCUGCCCGACGGCAGCGUGCAGGGCACCCGGCAGGACCACAGCCUCUUCGGAAUUCUGGAAUUCAUCAGUGUGGCAGUGGGACUGGUCAGUAUCAGAGGCGUGGACAGUGGUCUUUACCUGGGAAUGAAUGACAAAGGAGAACUUUAUGGCUCAGAGACACUGACUGCUGAAUGCAUCUUCAGGGAGCAAUUUGAAGAGAACUGGUAUAACACUUAUUCGUCCAAUAUAUAUAAACACGGAGACACUGGCCGCAGGUAUUUUGUGGCACUGAACAAAGACGGGACUGCAAGAGAUGGUGCCAGGUCCAAAAGACAUCAAAAAUUUACUCAUUUCUUACCAAGACCAGUAGAUCCAGAAAGAGUUCCAGAAUUGUACAAAGACCUACUGAUGUACACUUGA